AUGGAAAUACAACGGCCUGAAUUUAUAAACAACACAUUUGUUGGCUAUGUGCCAGAUCCAGACGGUCGCGGAACGAUCUCGCUACUAUUCUCCUGCCUCCUCACCCUUAGUUUAUGCGUUUGGUCGGCUAUUCACUUAGACCUUCCGCCGUAUGGCGAAACCGACAUCGAAUACACGUACAGAUACCUGAAAUGGAGUGUUCUGGGGAUAUUUGGACCUGAGCUUGUUAUCUGGGCGGCUUGGCGCCAGUUUAUUUCCGCUCGAACGUUGACAAAAUUUAUCAAGGAGAACAGUAACAACGGCCGAGUCUCGCAAUGGACGAUGGUCCAUGGGUUUUAUGCAGGAAUGGGUGGAUUCGUUUUUGACAUGGAUACCCCCGAAAUGCACGGCCCACGGUUUAUCCCUCAACGUCGCCUUCACGUAACCCCUCGAGGAAUUCAGCUUCUUGCUAAAUGUGGCUUGCUACCUGACAUUUCGCUGGAGGAUAUUAAAGAUAAAAGCAAGACAGACGGAUCGGGGAAACUCAUCUGCUGUUUCCAGGUCAGCUGGAUGGUAGUGCAGGCUGCCGUGCGAGUUGCGGUUGGCCUUCCGUUGACACCGCUCGAAACGAAUACUAUAGGUCAUGUCGUCUGUGCCCUGAUCAAUUAUGCUCUCUGGUGGUAUAAGCCAAGAUGGAUUAAAGAACCAACAAUACUCAGAGGGGAAUGGACUCGAGCCAUAUGUGCUUUCAUGUACAUGUCCAGCCAAGUCAGUGCAGAGCACAAGGUCAAUAGAGACGUCUUACGUGACUUUGGCGUCAAGACGGAGAUGAGUGGAGUCAUAUACACCCCUGGUCAUUUAGAGUCAGAAGCGAGAGCCGCCCCAAGAAGUGAUCAAGACGAUUCUGAAGAGGAUAUCCAACCUACAGAUGAAUCGGAGCCCUCAGACAACGCGUUCCCAGCAAAUGGUCGUAUCACAAUGCGCAAGGGGCUUGAACUAUCAGCACAAACAUUCCACCAAGAAGAAGUGGUCAACAAAACUGGUCACAAAACAAUUCCAUCGGAAAUGCGAGUCGAGAGGUGGAAGCUUACAUGCAAAGCCAUUGAACAAUACCCUGCCAUUAGAGAACGGCUUGAUACCCCCCCCUGUGAUCAAGAUGAACUAAGAUACCGGGAGGCUCAUCGAUUGUAUCCUGAAAUGCCGGACAAAGUUAGUCAGCACCCAAGAGGCCACAAGCCAAGUGAGCAUGUCAAGGCGAGUUCAAAUAAGAGUUGGUGGUGCCCAUCAGAAGAGCUUGUGGUUGAACGUCCUCGAAAUUGGCCGGGAGAUGAUUUGCUGCGUCAUAUGCAGGGCCAUCUAAUGGGCAUCAUUCUAUGGUGCUCUAGUACGGUGUACGGCGCCAUUCAUGUUGCUGGUUGGAACGAACAAUUUCCCACUAACGUUGAGUCUUGGUUCUGGAGGAUGUCCGGCGUCUACAUUGUGUUUAGUGGACUUCUGUGGUCAUUCUUCAACCUCUUAGGUCACCUCUCCGGCUCAGUGUGGUGGUUUUGGUACGGCAUACUGGAAGGCGCUGAACGUAAAAGGAGUCACGUCCUUAUUUUCGUCUUAAGCUGCAUUGGAGGGACUCUUUAUGUUAUCGCACGGGUAUAUCUUGUUUUGGAGGCCUUCAUUUCUUUACGCGCAUUACCUGCAGCCGCGUAUGACUCCCCAUCCUGGGUUUUGACCGUGCCUCAUUUAUAA